AUGACAUCGAGAAUAAAAAAGCUACAUAAAGAAAAUAAUGACCAUAAUGAAAUUGUUGAUUUUUACAAUUGUCGUUAUAUUUCUGCUUAUGAGGCUUGUUGGAGACUUUUUGGGUAUGAUAUGCAUUAUAGAACAACUCCUGUUGAAAGGUUGUCAUUUCACCUUGAAGACAAACAACCUAUUGUGUUUCAAUCAUCCCAACAUGUUACUAAUGUUGUUUCUAAACCCACUAUUGUUGCUUCUCAAUUUUUGGCUUGGAUGGAAUGUAACAACUAUGGUGAAAAGGCACGAAAGUUAUCAUACGUUGAAUUCCCAAGUCAAUAUAUGUGGAAUAAAUCAAAUAAAGUAUGGACAAGAAGAAAAACAAAGACAAAGUCACUUGGUAGAAUUAAUCACUUGUCUCCCAAGUCUAGUGAUGUUUCUUACUUACACAUUUUGCUCAACAAAGUAAAAGGUCCUACUUGCUAUAAAGAUAUCAGGAUAGUUAACGGGACCGUUUAUGAAUCUUACAUAGAUGCUUGUUACGCUCUUGGUCUAUUAGAAGAUGAUAGAUAUCUAUCCCGACCUCAUCGUGUUUUUAAAGAGACCUAUAAUUGUCGUUCUGAUGAUGAACAAGAAAUUGGCGUAACAUGCUUGAAGCUAAAACCGGAAGCAAUUUUCCACCUUACGUUGUCAUACAUUGAGAAAUAUUUAUUGAGUUGUGGACUGAGUCUGAAGCAAAUACCCAAUAUGUCAUUACCUGAUCAUAAAUAUAUUCAAGAUUCUUGCAAAAUGUUAAUUCAAGAUGAGCUUAAUUAUGAUCCGUCCAUUCUUGAAGUCGAAUAUCAACAACAGCAUUCCAAAUUAAAUGUCGAGAAAAAAAUAUCUAAAGGUGAAAUUGUUAUCAACGUUGCUUCAAGCGGAAUUGCAGUACGCUUGCUCUUUGGUGGUGGGAAAGGGCAUUCAAGAUUUCAUAUACCAAUCAACUUAAAUGAGAAUUUGUUUUGUUCUAUUACGCCAGGUAUUAUUGGUGGCCCUAAUGAUGAUGAAGUUGAAGUUAAAUUUCGAGAAUAUGUUAUCAUUCCCUCUACGGGUGACCAUAUUCAUUCAAUUGUAUCCACCAUUUAUUCAUCCUUUCAGAACCAUCUUGUUGAUCCUUCAUAUUUUCAAGAUAAAGCUAUUUUGGUCCCUACAAAUGAAGAAGUCGAUACUAUCAACGACUACAUGUUAGAAUUGAUGAAAAGAUGA